CUCUCUCUCUUAGCUGCAUUAUGCUUUAACCUGGAAUACCAGUUGUCAAACUUCCAAGUUCAACUCCAUCUGAAACCUGGUAUUCUGUUUCCACUCUGAAUUCAAAGAUCCAGAUUUCAGAGAAUAUCAUAUAAAACUGACAGUUUUCAUGGUCUGCUUCUCCUACUUUCUCUUCUAUAAUGCUAUACCAGAGUCAUAACUGAAUUACAAGCUCACCCCAUAUAUAUUCUUUUCAAAAAUCUUGAUCUGGGCAGUGAUUCAUUUUUCCACUUUCUUUCCUGUGAAUUUGAAUUCCAGGAAAAGAAAUGGCAACAAACACUGUUGUGGUCACAAUUGAGAAGCCUAACAACUUAUCUUUUCCAGAGGUCAAUGGUUCAGAUUCAUUGUUGCUUCCAGAUAAACAGAAGGCUGCGAGUCCCAAGCAAUUUACAUGGGUUCUUCUUCUCAAAGCUCACAGAGUUCUGACCAGUCUUUCAUGGGUGGCCAUGACUUUCAAGUCCAUGUUUCUUUCAAUUAAGAAACGCAUUGCCUUAUCUGAUGUAAGUGAAGAAGAGCCCAAGAGCAGAGGAAGGUUGUAUAGAUUUAUCAAAGUUUUUCUUGUUAUUUCGAUUUUAGCUUUGGUGUUAGAAAUCAUUGCUCAUUUCAAGAAAUGGAAUUUGCAAAUGCUUCGCCCUUGGGAGGUUCAGGGUCUUGUGCAAUGGUCCUAUAUGGCUUGGCUGUCUUUUAGAGUUGACUAUAUUGCUCCUUUUGUGAUAUUUCUUUCUAAAUCCUGCACUGUGCUAUUCUUGAUUCAAUCUCUCGAUCGGCUAGUUCUAUGCAUUGGGUGUUUCUGGAUUAAGUACAAGAAGCUGAAGCCCACAAUAGAAGGAGAAGCUUAUGAUAUUGAGGAUUGUUCAAGUUUCCCAAUGGUCCUUGUUCAGAUUCCAAUGUGCAAUGAGAGAGAGGUAUUUGCACAAUCAAUUGCUGCUGCCUGUCAGCUUGAUUGGCCAAGGGAACGAGUUUUAAUUCAAGUCCUAGACGAUUCAGAUGAUGGAAAUCUACAGCUUCUAAUCAAAGAUGAAGUCUCAUCGUGGUGUGAGAAGGGGGUAAACAUAGUAUACAGACAUCGAUUAAUCAGAACUGGGUACAAAGCUGGCAAUCUAAAAUCAGCCAUGGGCUGUGAUUACGUCAAAGAUUAUGAAUUUGUUGCAAUACUUGAUGCAGACUUCCAGCCAAAUCCUGAUUUCCUUAAAUUAACUGUUCCUCACUUCAAGGGAAAUCCUGAAUUGGGCCUUGUCCAGGCUCGCUGGUCAUUUGUGAACAAGGAUGAGAAUUUGCUUACAAGGUUGCAGAACAUCAAUCUCUGCUUCCAUUUUGAGGUGGAGCAGCAAGUCAAUGGUGUUUUUCUCAAUUUCUUUGGAUUCAAUGGAACAGCAGGAGUUUGGAGAAUUGAGGCUUUAGAGGACUCAGGAGGCUGGCUUGAGAGAACCACAGUUGAGGAUAUGGACAUUGCAGUUCGGGCACACUUGAACGGAUGGAAAUUCAUCUUCCUCAAUGAUGUCAAAGUGCUUUGUGAAUUACCGGAGUCUUAUGAAACUUAUAAGAAACAACAGCAUCGCUGGCAUUCGGGUCCAAUGCAGCUCUUCCGCCUAUGCCUUCCUGCUAUCAUAACUUCUAAGAUAACAAUAUGGAAGAAGGCCAACCUGAUAUUGCUUUUCUUUCUUCUUAGGAAACUUAUACUUCCCUUUUACUCAUUCACAUUGUUCUGUAUCAUACUUCCAUUGACCAUGUUCAUUCCUGAGGCAGAACUACCGCUUUGGGUAAUUUGUUAUGUCCCCAUCUUCAUGUCUUUUUUGAACAUUCUCCCAUCACCAAAACAAUUCCCUUUCUUGGUUCCUUACCUACUUUUUGAGAACACAAUGUCUGUUACAAAAUUCAAUGCCAUGGUCUCUGGGCUAUUCCAGUUGGGAAGUGCUUAUGAGUGGGUAGUGACUAAGAAGACUGGUAGAUCAUCUGAAUCAGAUCUAUUGGCCUUUGCUGAGAGAGAAUCAAAGUCUUUGAGUGAAGAGAAGAUCAGUAGGAGGCAUUCUGAGUCUGGUUUAGAAUUGUUGAGUAAACUCACAGCAGAAGAUGUCCCUUCUGUGAAGAAGAAAAACAAGCUCUACAGGAAGGAGCUUGCACUUGCUUUGCUUCUACUCACUGCAUCAGCCAGGAGUCUCUUAUCAGCACAUGGAGUUCAUUUCUAUUUCUUGCUAUUCCAAGGAUUGUCUUUCCUUGUCGUAGGCUUGGACUUAAUUGGCGAGCAGAUGAGCUAAAUGGAGUACACAAAUUUUCAUUCUUUGAUAUUUAUUUUUUGGCGCUUACACAGAAUUGAAAAUUUUAAAAAGGGAGAUUUUCAUGCAUGUUUGAUGAGCAUCUCCAGUUCUGUAGCAUUUAAUCCUUGGCUGGAACUGGAUAUAAUAUAGUCACAUAUUAGGAAUACUUGCUAUCAGGAUCAUUGGAUAAAGAUAAAAGUAAAUUGUGUUUAUUAUAGAAUCAUAUAUCUUGUCAGUGUUUGAAUAAUGAAAGCCUUUCUAAUACAAAAUUGAGCAGUUCAGACA